AUGCUUGGCGACUGCUUGAAGAGCGAGAGCCACACCGACGAGGGACCGCCCGAGAAGCGCCAGAAGACCAAUACGGACUUUGUCAAGAGCUUACUCUUCGCGUCGACCGCGGGGUCUUCAGGUGAUGGUUCUUCUACGGUGGGAAUGGCGCGGCCUGCCGAGGCUCCAGAUGCCCCCGCGGCGGUUGAGGCAGUCACGAAGGACCCCAUGAAAACGGCCAGGGAGAUCAUGGAUAAGGCGUCGACUGACUUUGAAGACUCGCCGAAGGACAAGAUUACCCUCGCCGGCCUGGUGCGGCACCUGAGCGAGGCACCCAUCUCCAACUGCGCUCUCUCCAGCCACCAUCGCCUCACAAUGCUCCUCAUCAUCGAGGGUGAUCGCUGGCGGGCGCAUUCGAAGAAGUGCUUCUACUACACGGGCGGUUGCUGGGACCAAGUGGAAGCAUUCGACAUUCAGGGCUGGGGCUACAUCGCGGCGCUGGAGGGCGCGUUCACGAAGAUUGGCGGCGCUGGCGUGGACGACUACAAAUGCCCCGAAUGGAAAUGGCCCGCACUGCAGGGCGUCGUCGGCCAGAUGCUUCGCCAGGACGCCGUGACGCUCGCCACGCUCUACAAAGACGCGAAGGAGCACUCGGACGCCCUCAAGAAGGCCACGGACAACAAAGGAUGGAAAGGCAACUGGGCGUUGAGGGCGGUGGACACGAUGUGCACGUUCAAGGCCGCAAUGGACAGGGGGGCGACGCGCACCCCCCUAACCGUGCUCUUCCUAAAGACAUGCGACACGCCUAAGCCCAGAUCCCAGGGCGUGACGUUCACCGAUUGCUACCUGGACUCCAACUGGGAUCUAGCCUCCCCACGCCCCGAGAACGACUGCUACAUGCGCGCGCCCUACCAGUUAUUCUGGUCGGAGGACGAGACUAAAGCAGCGGGGAUCGACGUCGCGAAGUGGGACGAGCAGUUGCCGGUGUUCUUGAAGGGCCUGUACUAUAAGAACGAGGCCGUGUUCCAACUUGAGCUGGCGUCGUUGAAAUUGGCAUUCCUGCGGGUGAACUCGGCCAAUAUGAACUUCAAGAUCGGGCACGGAGGAGACGGCAAGCACAUGGAAGCCACCUUGCAGCGGAACCUCGUCGGCGAAGCGAACGCCCACUACCUCGACUGCGGCGUCUUUCACGAUCGGUCGGAGUGCGACGCCAACGCCCACAUGGUGUCCGACAUAUGGAAGCGCUUCAUUGUCGGGGAGGAGCUGUCGUGCCGCGACCUUCGGCGAAUGCAAAAAGACCAGGAGCUGAAUUACGAGAACAUUCCAGUCCUGGCGGAGACAGGAACAUCGCGAAAUAAAUUGCGCGAGCAGUUGGAGCGGCGGAUCAUAUGUUCCCGCAUGGGGAAGGCGACGUUCGUGCACAAUGAGGAGGACAUCCCACAGGACACGUUGGACGAGUUCUUGUCGCACCCGUGGAUCGCUGCCAGGUUCCUUCACAAGUACUUGCGCCCCUUCGCCAAGAAGUGCACGGGCCACGAUUCGCUUGUGAUGCUGGACAACAUCAAAGCACUGAGCACGGAGAUGUACAAGGAUCUUGCCUGGCUGGCUUCCAGGCUCUCCGGCGGCGUCGACCCGCCCCCCGAGGGCGGCCAGCCGACAGGCGCGAUCGAGAAAAACUUGAUUGUGUCGGCCCACGCGGGCGCGCCCAUGCAGGCCGUCGUCAAGGCGCACCUCGUUGAGACCGUAGACUGCAAACCUGGAACGCGGAAGCAAAGGAAGAAGGGCGCCUCAAAGUGGCAGAACCGCACGGCGGCCAUCGGGAAGUCGAACGCGCGCCUCUUCACGCAGUGCGACACCAACGCUUUGAGGAGGCACAUGGUGAACUAUGACAAGAUGCUGCUGGCGUGGGAGGCAUGCGGCGGCGCGGAUGCGUUCGGAGAUUGGGAAGACUGGGGCAAUCCAUCCGACAACAUUGACAACGCGUCUACGCUCGUUGCAGGCGGCUCCGUCGAGUGGUACGCAAUGGUCCUGGAGCACCUGACGACCCCCGUGACGAGGUUCGGUGGUGUGUCCACCACAAAGACCAGAUGCGUUGAGAUGCCUUCUUUGGUUGAGUUGCAGGAGCACGCCAAGGGCAAGACGGAUCGGCGCCAGGCUGCGCUCGACGCAUUCAUCGCGCGCUGCCCCCCUCACUAA